AUGUUCUCCCUGUCUGUGAUGGUUGGACUGGUGCCCAUCGUGUCUCUAUUUGGUUUGUUCUACUCUGCUGCAGUGGAUGAGAACUUCCCUCUAGGCUGCACCAGCAGUAAUAAUGUGUGUUUCUACAGCCUGCUGCUUCCUGUCACCAUCCCUGUCUAUGUCUUCUUCCACCUGUGGAGCUGGAUGGGAAUCAAGCUCUUCAGGCAUAACUGAAAUGGGGGAAAAAGAAUAAAAAGAUGUUUACUGUG